AUGCCCGCUUCAUCUCAGUCACAACCUUCUAAUAAUACACCCCGGAGAUCCUUUGUCAUAUGUGGUGAACGCUUCUAUUUUCCAGGCGAUGGCACGGACGCCCUGAUACACAUUGGAACUGUCUUUAUUGAAAAAGCAGUCCUUGUUUUGGGUCCAAUGCUGAUUACCUUUGCGUCUGUCAUUAUUGGAGGCUUGUCCUAUACGUACUUUACAAUAAUCAUGCCAAUGCUGGAGCACAAGUAUGGCGAUAAUCCCGAAUCUACCAUUAUGAUAUCCCUGCACACUUCCAUUGUGGUCUUCUUUGUGGCGGAGAUUAGUUUCAAUUACUUCAUGUGUGUCGUGACACGCAACAAGGGAGCCAACUACGAUCGAGUCGUCCGGGAGCUGGCGGACGCUACCAACUUUCAAUUUCCAGAGAACCCCCAGGAAUUGGAAUCCUAUCGUCGGGAUACCUCGGACAAGAUGAACCUUCGCAUGAAACAGCGGUAUAAGCGACAGCAAGAAGAGCAAGCACCUCCAGCGACGGUGGCAACCGGUGGAGCUGAUAGUGAUUCCAACAAUAUCAAACACCGCAAGAACAAGAUGGCACCAGCGAAUAAUAAAAAUAACAAAGUGGCAGCCGCCGAACAACCCAUGAGCAAGUUGCGCAGCUGGAUGCUCAUGGCACCCGACGAAUGGGGUUAUUGUGCACGAUCCCAUCAACCCAAACCUCCCCGAGCCCACUACGACCACGUGUCUAAAACAUUGGUAUUGUGUUUGGAUCACUACUGUCCCUGGAUGUUCAAUGUGGUUGGCUAUUUCAAUUAUCGCUACUUUUGCAACUUUCUGUGGUUUGUCGAAUUGGCCAUGAUUUACGGUGCCUUUAUCACCUACGAACCCUUUUUGAAUACCAGUGGACGAAUUUAUCGAGCCCAACGAGAUCAAUUCCGCAAGACCAACAAGCGAAUUCGCAUGUUUCCAAUGGUGCCCUUUUCGGACGAACGAUUGAAAGUUUCUCUGUCGUUCAUGCUGUGUCUGUCCAUUGGAAUUGCGGUGGCGUGUUUGGGAGGCUUCCAUCUGUACCUUUGUUUGACGGGCCAAACGACCAUUGAAUUCCAUGGCAACUGGGUCAACCGACGCAAGGCCCACAAAUUGAACAAAAAGUGGAAGAACCCUUAUGACAUGGGACUGAAGCGGAAUUGGCAACAAGUCUAUGGUAGUGGGAAUCCCUUGUUGGCCUUUUUGAUUCCGUCGUGUCGAGAACCCGAGUUUUUGCCACUUCCACUCCCCGAAGAAAAAGGCCGUCGAAUAUGGGCCAGAACCAAAUACGACAAAUUGCCGCAAGUCGACAAUGGCGAAAGUGAGGAGGCGAAUGCUGGGGGAGACAUAGUCUAG